GGGAUCUUAAAAACAUCACCUUCCCCCCGCUUUAAUUUAGCGGCACCUAUAAAACAUUUUUUUCAUUUUUUUUCGUUUAGUACCGACUUCGUUUUGGCCCUUUUCCUUACGAAAUUUAAGAAAUGAUUUGCGUCUAUUCAUUAGUUGUAAUCGGGCUUUUUCUAUUGAUCCCUAACUGCCAAUCCGCGGAUGAUGAUUACAAUAUCGUGCAUAAAGACGGAUCGUUCGAAUUUGGAUACAACAAUCCAGACUCUUACCAUUACGCCGAUGGAAAUAGAAACAAUGUGGUUAAGGGUGAAUUUGGAGGUAGAAAUCCUAAAACAGGUGGUAUAGAUACUACGGUGUACACUGCCGGGCCUAGAGGCUUUAGACCUAGAGGCAAAAACGUUUAUAGAAAAUACAACUUGAACCAAAACGGACCUAGAGCUACAGGAUCCAGAGACGAUCCUUACUACGACCCUUACGAGGACCCCAGCUACAAUUUCGCCUUUCGAACCAGAACUUAUAGCAGACAAGAGAAUGCAAAUCGAGUGGGAGAUGUUUCUGGAAAAUACACUUAUUUGGAUGACAUAGGGGAGAGACACAAUGUUGAAUAUAUCGCAGGCAGAAACACAGGUUUCCACGUCAAAACGCCGUUUCCCGAUAGCAACCCAAGGGCUUACGGACCUUUAUAUUUUAGGGGCAGGGGCAAGCCAAUUCCUAGAGGAAGAACUUCGAUACAACGGGGAUUAGAUGGGAGCUAUAAGUUUGUGUCAGCUGGGCCAGAUCAACGACGUACAGAAGUAAGUGAUUCAACUGGACAUGUAAGAGGCUCCUACACGUACCUAGAUGAUAAAGGAGUACAACAUGCGGUGCACUAUAUAGCUGGCCCUGAAACCGGAUACAGGGUUCUAAAGACUGUCAAAGGUGCUCAUUUGCCAACGGUGUUUCCAUUCGAACAUCCAGACAUUGUUCCAUCAGACUUCUAUGAUCCUUAUGGACCAGAGGGUGACGUGUUUGACACCGCGGCCAGUGGAAGGCCUUUUAGACCUGGCGGUAAACCUAGUGGCUCCAAGCCAUCCACAGACUUAGGAAACGGAAUAGAUGUGAACGAUGCAGACUACGAUCAAUACGGCGAUGGUGCCAAUAAAUCGCAAGGAGGUUUUGGUAGUAAACGUCCAAGGCCCUCAUCUACUGCUGGAACAACUAAACGGCCAAAUGGAGCAGGUUCUAGGCCGGGAUUUGAUGACCAGGAUGAGGAUUUUGGAGACUUUGGAGAUUUGUUUGGAAAUGGUGGUAGUGGAAGUACCACAGCUAGACCCAGUAAAGGACGCCCUUCAUCUACUACACUGAAGCCAACUUCAACGGCAGGAGUACCAGAUAAGGAGGACGAUGGCUCUUAUAAACCUGAUGGAGAUGAUGGGUCGUAUCCCGGGACUACUGCUAGACCAGGUGGUUCAACAACUCCAUUUUCCGGAUACCCAUCAGGCAAACCAUCUCCAGGCGCACCAACUUUAGGACCAGAUGAAGAGUAUGAUUUCAACGAAGUUCCUGACAAGGGACUUUUUGGAAGUGAUAGUGGCAGACCGUUCGGUAGACCUGGAGGUAGUGGAGACUACGAAGGAAACAUUGGAGACAGUGUAAGUGGAGGAGGGAUCCUGCAGGUGGGAGACGGAAGAAAGAAGUGUCCAAAGUGCACUGGGACUAUUGUAACGAAUAUUGGUUAUAGACCUUUUCAUGUGGCACCAGGGGUGUCCGUCAGGGCUCAUGUUCAAUCAAUUGAUCUCUAUCCCUUCGAAGGUCCAAGCCCAAGUGAAGCUUUUAGGGCUGAUGGAAAUUUGAAGACAGAGCAACUUAAUGAAUCUUCUUCUGAAUCUCCUAGUGAAGGGAAAGAAGUAGAUAGUAGCACUAAUAAGGAAAGCUAACCUUAGUCUAUAGUUGGACAAUUAAUUUAUUGUUUUAAUAAAAUUCUCUUAACCUCGUUAAGUUUGACAUUUGUUCCAAAGAAUCCCGUCUACGAUGUUCCUAAUGUAAAUCACCUGCAUUACGAAAACACUUUGUCAUUGUUUAAUAGUCUGUACAGUUAGUAUCGUAUUUCAAAGCAAUAAAAUUACAUUUGAGAGAG